AUGGUUGAUUAUUACCGUUUGAUUUCUCAAAAACUUUCUAUUGAACAUGUUUUUAAUAACAUAACGACCAAGAAAAGCAAGCAACAGCGAGCACAAAUCAUAUCCAUAGAGAGAGACGGCGCACAAUCAGUGAAUGCUGCGAAUCUCAUAGCUUCCUGGAUUCCUCUUCCCGCAACAACAACAAAGAUCUGCUUACGCGUUGUUUCUGAUCUUAGCCUGCUCCGUUUGAAUACAUGUGAGUGCAGAAGAACUUCAAUCGCACUCGUAAAUCUUGUUGUCUUCUCAGGCUUUCGAGAUGCCGAUCUCAGGACUGCAUCACUGGUAUACCUUCUGACACAUGUUGUCUGGCUUAUGCUUUUUGUCACACUCACAGUUGCAGGUGGACUCUUGUUUCUGUCUGUGGAUGGUCCUCAUGGAAAGCAUGUUGAAGAGCUUCUUGAAUAUGCAAGGUUUGGACUGUGGUGGGUAGCUCUUGGUGUUGCUUCUUCCAUUGGUCUUGGUUCUGGGUUGCACACUUUUGUUCUAUAUCUGGGUCCCCACAUUGCUUUCUUCACUAUAAAAGCAAUGCAGUGUGGUCGAGUGGAUCUUAAAAGUGCUGUUUAUGAUACAAUACAGUUAAACAGAAGCCCUACAUGGCUUCAAAAAGAUUGUUCAGAGUUUGGGCCUCCAUUGUUUUCAUCCUCUCAAGGUGUUCAGGUUCCACUCAGCAGCAUUUUGCCACAAGUACAAGUAGAAGCUAUUCUUUGGGGCCUUGGAACUGCAUUAGGAGAGCUACCUCCAUAUUUCAUUUCUAGAGCAGCAAGUAUCUCGGGUGACAAAAUGGAUGUGACAGAAGAACUGGAUGCUUCCUCAUCAGAGAAUAACGGAGUUGCUUCAAAUUUAAAUCACAUGAAGCGUUGGUUCCUAUCACAUGCACAAUAUUUGAACUUUUUUACAAUUCUUGUGCUUGCUUCGGUGCCAAAUCCUCUGUUUGACCUUGCUGGCAUUAUGUGUGGGCAAUUUGGGAUUCCAUUUUGGAAGUUUUUUCUUGCAACCCUAAUUGGAAAGGCAAUUGUAAAAACUCACAUUCAGACAGUAUUCAUCAUCUCAGUGUGCAACAAUCAACUUCUUGAUUGGAUAGAAAAUGAAUUGAUAUGGAUGCUUAGCUUCAUCCCUGGUGUGGCUUCUGCCCUUCCCACCAUUGUAGCUAAACUGCAUGCAAUGAAGGAGAAAUACAUGGCUGCCCCUCUCCCUGUCACAUCAAACAUCAAGGUGAAAUCAUGGGAUCUAUCGUUUGCUUCAGUUUGGAAUUCUAUUGUGUGGUUAAUGCUGUUGAACUUCUUUGUGAAGAUUGUGAACUCAACUGCACAGAGAAAUGAUCUAUAG